AUGUUAGAUCAUCUAAGUCCCAGGCUCCAGCGGUUUUCCGCAAAUGACCCUGCACAUGUGUUUUAUAAGGAAUUUCUGGAAAGUUGCCAGCGAGGAGAUGUUGCCCAAGUUCAGCAGUGCCUUGCCCAACAAACUCAGCGCGGCCGUGAAUGGGUAGAUUCUGGUAGGGAAAGGAAUGACUUUCAGAAGCAACGGAGGACAUGGUGGUUGGCUUGUGGCCUUGAUGAAGCCACCAGGAACGACCAGAUCUCCGUCAUGGAAUAUUUGCAUUCGAAGGGGGCACCCAUUAGAUACCAUACAGUGGAGGCGGCCAAGUCAAGAGAAUCUUGGGAGUUUCUGUUGAACCAUGGCUUAGAUGUGAACAACCCCAUGCCUGAAGCAAAUGUACCACUUAUGCACAUUGUACGCCUCAACAAUCCAGAUAUCUUGCGUUGGUUCCUCUCGCUUGGUGCGGAUCCUAAUUACGGUCGAAACGAGAGCCGUUUGUAUUUUGAAGAAGGCGCUAUACAGCCAUUUUCACGUCCCGAACACAACUCAGGUGCUGCGUUGGAAUUGGCGGCUUGGAAGUGCGACAUGGAGAUUCUGGAUAUCCUGCUUGAGCAUGGUGCCAAGCUAGAGAACAGUUUUGCACUGCAUAGGGCCAUGAUGAGAAACCCCGAUGAGCAAAUUCACCUCGCGGAGCGUCUGCUCAGCUAUGGAGCUGAUGUCAAUACUAUCGGAUACCUUGCUCCUCCAAUAUUACAGGGUGGAACUCCUCUCUCGGUGGCCGCCAGGGCCUGUGCGGUGGACCAGGUGCGGUGGUUGUUGGAGCACGGGGCAGAUCCUUAUGCCUGUGGCCCUCAGGGCAUAAAGCCAAUCGACUAUGCUGCAAUGGGCGGGAUCACUCCAAGGGUUCAACAGGUCGCACAGCUCUUGAACCAGUGGAAAAAGCCACAGGUCUGA